CUGCCUGUCACUAGACACGAGCGCUCGCGCUGAGCGGAGGGAGCACCGCCCACCAACCUCCACUUGCCAGGCAGGCGUCCUUCUCAAAACUACGGAAUGUCCUACUUUCGUUUCAGAUGAGAAUGACGACAGCAGCGGGGAUUCCGCUCUCAAAGGUGUCGCCUCAGUUUUUGCAUGGCAACUCUACAAGUCACACUUGGCCUUUUAGUGCCAUAGCUGAACUAAUAGACAAUGCCUAUGACCCGGAUGUAGCAGCCACGGAAUUGCACAUCGAUAAGUGUGAGAUCAGUGGCAUGCCAUGUCUUCUCUUUAGAGACAAUGGCAGGGGCAUGGACCAUGAUCAUCUGCUGAAAAUGUUAAGUUUUGGCUUCUGUGAGAAGGACGAGUAUAUAGACAAAGCCUCGUACCAGCCAAUCGGUCACUAUGGAAAUGGGUUCAAGUCUGGAUCCAUGCGACUGGCAGACGACGCCAUUGUAUUCACGAUUUGCAAAGGCACUGGUGGAUGCGAAGGCAGUGCAGGCAUUGGGUUUCUCUCUAGGACCUACCUCGAAGCCAUCAAAGCUGAUUCUGUCAUAGUUCCUAUUUUGCAGUACAGCUUACGUGGAAUGGAAAGGAUCAACCCUGACGAAACUACAAGCAGUUUGGAAGCUAUUUUAGAGCACUCGCCAUUCAAGACAGAAAAGGAGCUCAAACAAGAAUUACAGGCCAUCAGAGAUCGUACUCAUGCUAAAACAGGCACCACAAUUGUCCUGUUCAACCUAAAGAGAUUGAAAGAUGGAAACCUUGAGCUUGACUUCGAAUCAGACAACUUUGAUAUUCGUUACCCUGAAACCCACGAGGUCGAUCCGUCUAUCUGUCAACGGGCAAGCUUUGUGGAAACUGCAGAGUACAUUCGGUCUUUGCAGGUAUACUGCAGCAUUCUGUUUCUGCGUCCACGAAUGAAGAUCCUAAUCAGAGGAGCAAAAGUGAAGACCAAACUGAUUUCCAAGUCACUUUCUCAGACAGAGAUUGAUACGUACAAGCCCACAUGGCUGAAAAAAACUCUACAGAUUACAUUCGGCUUCGUCUGUAACUCCAAUCAUAACAGAGAAGACUACGGGGUCAUGUUCUACCACCGGAACCGACUCAUCAAGCCUUACGAAAAACUUGGCUUCCAGAAACAGCCUAAUGACCUUGGUGUGGGAGUUGUUGGAGUGGUGGAAGCCGACUUCCUGGAGCCCAUUCACAACAAACAAGACUUUAAACAAGACGGAAAGUACAAUGCCCUAAUGGCAGCUGUAGGAUCAAAGCUUAAUGAUUACUGGAAUGAGAAGAAGAAUGGCAAGGCAACAGAUUCUGGAGAAACUCUCAAUGCUCAUCCCGACUGGACCUGGGCACAGUGUGAUAAUUGCCUCAAGUGGAGAAAGCUCCCGGAUGGUACGGACCCUGCAUCACUGCCAGACAAGUGGUAUUGCUAUAAUAACCGCGACCCAACUCACAGCCGAUGCGAGAUUGAACAGGAGCCUGAAGAAGAAGAUUUACCAGUCCAGAGACCAACAUAUACCAAAACAUUCAAAAGGCAGAUGCAAAGGAGAAAGUCCCUCAAUAAGGCUGUCAAGGAGGCCGAGCUAAAUUCCAGAGAGGCAGACCUUCAGAAAAUACGUCAGCAGAAACUAGACCAGGAAGUGGUGGCCGCUGCAAUGAGAUCAGUGGAGAAUAUAUAUUUGGCUUCCAGAAGCAGAGGCAUGAAAGACAAACGCAAGCGGUCUGACUUCAGAGAAAACGACGAGAAACGCAUCUGCUUCGACACAGCGACCGACCAGGCAAAUGCAGUGAGGAGCGGAGCUGCAGAAGAUGAAGAUAUGCAGCCUGUCGAUCUCACAAUUCUACAGCAAAGAUAUAGAGGACGUACUUCUUCAGCCACUCCUCAAUUUCCUGACAAUGAAGCUCCCUUAGUCCUGUUCAGUUCUGCUGACUCGACCCCUGCCAUUGAGAAAACUGAACCCAAAAACCACGGUUCCAGAUCCAUUUUUGAGUCGAUCUUUCAUCCAUCCCCAACAUCUACCAAACCACAGACAAAUGACAAUGACAGAUCUUUGGCUCAGUCUCCUGGCUCUCCUACGAGUUCCAACAGCUCCGAGUGGAAAGCAACUUCCGGUAUUCCAGUGCAGGGUGGAAGUACUCGGAACUCCCUAUGUCCGGAUGAUAACGUUGUUGAUCUCACGCAAGACGAUGUAGCGACGGAAACUUCGGUGCAUUCCUCAGAUAUGUUCAGAAGUGAAGAUGUCAAACCCGAUGUAAAUAAACUAAAGAUGGCCAUGGAAGCAACGUGCGAUGCCAAGACAAACGAAACCUUGAAAAUGGAGAUAACGCAAACCGCACCGUCAGUAAGUAGCGGAGAAGUUGAAAGCAAGCCACAAGUAAACUAUACCUCAAAUCAAUUGGUUCAAACAGACUUGUCUGAAGAGGAUGUAAUCAGAUGCAUGCAAAGUACAGAGCAGUAUGCUUUGCUAGAGCAGCGGUUCAAUACAAUGCAGAACAAUAUUCGCAAAAUUUUUCAGUACAUUGUGCCAGACUUUUUGUUAAAUACAGAACACGACAUGGAAACCAUUGUCGCAUCGAUGAUUCGCAAACUCGCUGCCCAAGACGAGGAUGUAUGACAUUAAACAUCGGGACUUCGGGAUCGAAACCUAUCUUGAAAGUUACAUUUUGACUCGAGUCACUGACAAGCAGGUGCUCACGUGAUCAUGACCUGAAACAAAGUUUAUAAUUUUGUUAAAAUUAAUUACCUUGUUACUUCGCUUUUCACGUGAGGUUUUAAAAUAGUUUUUACUGCUUGAGGUGUGUUACUUGGCUUUCAUAAAAUCAGCACUUAGAAACAAACCACUUUCAACCACUGUUAAAAUAGAAUUAAGUUAUCUUUAAGACUUUGUACACUAUGAAAAUCGUGCAAUGGUGAUGAUGGCUUGUAUAAUACAAUGUUAGUCUUAUCAUUAUAAUCAUAAUCUAGGCUACGUUUCUUACAAAUCACUGGCAGAUAAAGAAUUGUAAUUAUCUUAUCUAGUUCUGUUCUUAGUAUUUCCUUAAGGCUUUUCACGAUCUUAAAUAUGCACAGUAUUUUUAUUGUGGCUAGAGCUUCUGAAGAUUCGUCCUCAGCUUUCUACAUUUUUUAAAAGUUAUUUUUGCAGAACUGCAUUUUGUUUGUACUUUUAUAGUUUUGUAGGCUAAUAAAGCCCUAAGCGCAGUU